AUGAGGUGCAGUGUCUCUAAUUGCUCUAAUGAUACAAGAAAAACUUGUAAAAGCGAUGGAAUCACAUUCCAUAUUUUCCCUAAAGAACUGAAUCUUCGCAACCGAUGGGUGGAAGCUCUCGGUAUGGGAGACUGGGAGCCUAGAGAACGCAGCUCAGUGUGUUCCGAACAUUUCCGCCUUGACGACUUUUAUGAAACGAGAGCAGGGAUGCGGAGAAUUAGAAGUGGUGCCGUGCCGAUGCCUUAUAAGACCGCUGAGGAAGAUCUAGACGAGCCGGCUGCGAUGAGGGUUUGCAGAAUCUGCCUCGCAAUGGACACGAAGAUGUAUAAUAUAACUGAAUCAAAACUGGACAUUAUGUUUCAAGAUAUCACUGGAUUGGUUGGCUGGUCAGAAAGACUGCCGCAGCGAGUAUGUUGGGAGUGCGCGGCUAGACUAUCGUCCGCGUACCAGUUCAGAGAGAAGGCGAUACGAAGCGAUGAAUUACUGCAGGAAUUAAUACAGCCGGAUUCUUAUCUUAAAAUAAGGGAUAUAAGACUAAUAAACCGCAACCAAAACAAAUUAACGUCGAAUUUAGUGCAUAAAAUAUAUGAGGCUGAAGAUAUAGACCUACACCUUCAAGAUUGCGAUAUAAAAUCCGAAAAUAUACAAGAACAUAUAGACAUCUUGCACGCAGACGCAAUGGAACUUGAUGUCUGCAGUAUACCCACAGCGGGCGUCGAAAUAAAAGAUGAGAGCUCCAAUGGUAUAUUUUUCGACGAAUACGAUCAUUUUGAUGACGAAGACGAUCGAGUUCUAAGUGAAGUGUACGUCGAGAAGAAAGAAGCAAUAGCAGAAGAUAAGAUACGAGUGCCAGUGAAAAAAAAGAAGGUCAAAUUAGUUACGAAAGCUAGUAGAAGUAAGAAGAAUGUUGUUCAAACUAAUGAUCCUUAUGCUACUAGUGAACGGUAUAAAACUAAUGAUGUCAAACGGAGACGUAGUAAUGAAUUAGAUGAAUCUCUGUUUACGAUAACACCGCUGACAUACGACGAACAAAUUGAAGAGGUCACUAAGAGGCAGCAAAGCACUAACUACACUAGCGCCCCCUAUAAAUGUGUUAUUUGUUAUCGAGGGUUUUUGGUUAAAGGGAGAUACACUGCCCAUGCUAUUAGACAUAGUGAGCAAAGCGGUACAUUCGAGUGUUUUAUAUGUAAGACUAGGUUGAAAACUAGUCGCGCGCUUCGGAAACAUCUGACGUCGCAACAUACUGAACAAUACAGCUGUAAUGGAUGUUCGUUUGUCACGAGGAAUCGGGGCGUAGCGAGAGAGCAUCAGAAAUGGCACGCCGGUCAUAAAUACCAGUGCCCACAUUGCGCCAGCGAAUUCGAUAAAUUAACAACAUAUUUAGGUCACAUACGAAUUAAACAUGUAUCUGAUAUUGUAUGCGAAAUAUGCGGAUACAUGUUUGUUAGCAAAAAAGGCGUUGAAGUACACAAAAAGAAAAAACAUCACAUGAGUGGAAAAAAUGUGACGUUAGACGGGCCUUACUGUCAAAUAUGUGACGUGAAGUUUGCGUCGGAAGAAGCUCAUGACAGACAUCUGAAGUUAUCUGCGAGGCAUAGCAAUGAACAUGGCUCCAAUCCACCUCGCAAUGACUCACAAAGCAACCACGGUCAUUCUAUGAGACGGAACGAGAGACGCCCUAUAAUACACCCGAGAACUCCAAGACCUGAUGAGGACUUGGAGUCACAAUCACCUGUCACUUGUGAACAGUGUGGCCUACAACUGCGAGAUUUAAGAGUGUACGCGCAACACUUCAGAAGAGCUCAUCCGGACAAGAAUCGAACUAAGUACCCCGCGAUGAAGACCCCUUGCAUGUGUGAGCAGUGCGGCAAGAUAUUCCAGAGUAUGGCGUUGUUAAAAGAUCACAUGUGGGUUCAUACUGGUGUCAAACGGUUCAAAUGUGAUCGGUGUACAAAGAGCUUUACACAGAAAACUAAUUUGAUCAUACAUAUGAAAGUACAUAGCGGGACGCGACCGAGCUACGAGUGCCCUCUAUGUGGGAAACACUUCGCUUUCUAUAAUAACCGGAGGAGACAUAUGUUUAUACACACCGGCCUAAAACCAUUCAAGUGUGAUACGUGCGGUAAAUGCUUCACUUCUUCUGGAGAACUGAAAGCUCACGUCGAGCAUGUGCAUCUAAAGAAACCGUGGCCUAAACGGGCUAGGCAGAGAGCUAGAGACUGGAAAUGCGACGAACCGAGCAUCGAAGAUUGA